AUGGCUUCUCAACCAGCCGUUCAAGACGUGCCCAGGCAAGACGUGUCCGGAGAAGAGACGCCGCCAAUGAGUCCCGACAGCAAUGAUAGCCCCAAAGAGGUUGACGAGAAACUGGCCACGCCUCCAGCUGCGCCCAGCGGACCUCCUCCGCCUCCUAAUGGCGGACUCAUGGCAUGGCUCCAGGUUGCCGCGGGCUUCGUUCUCUUCUUCAACACAUGGGGCAUGAUCAACACGUUUGCUGUCUUCCAAACUUACUACGAGAGCGGCCAGCUCUUCAAGGCCUCCUCUUCUGAGAUCUCCUGGAUAGGCUCCAUCCAAUGUUUCCUCCUUCAGCUGACAGGGCUGAUUGCCGGCCCCAUCUACGACCGGGGCCACCUCCGCCUGCUCCUCAUCAGCGGUAGCUUCCUGGUCGUCUUCGGUCUCAUGAUGCUCUCCCUGUGCAAAGAAUACUGGCAGGCCCUGCUGGCUCAGGCCUUCUGCAUCGGCAUCGGCGGGGGCCUGCUGUUUACGCCUACCGUGUCGCUGCUCCCGACGUGGUUCAGCAMGCACAUGGGUCUCGCCGUCGGCAUCGCGUCAUCCGGCUCCUCCCUCGGCGGCAUCAUCUACCCCAUCGUGCUCUACCGGCUCCUCGGCCAGAUCGGCUUCCCCUGGGCCGUCCGCACCCUCGGCUUCAUCGCCCUCGGCACUUUCAUCCUCCCGCUGGCCGUCAUGCGCAUGCGCAUACGCGCUCCCAAGCCGCGCGCCGUUGUGGACUGGUCCGCCUUCACAGAUGUCCCCUUCAUGGUCUUCACGCUGAGCGUGGUGAUCCUCUUCAUCGGCAACGCAGUCCUCAUCUUCUACGUCUCCUUCUACCCCGAAAAUCGCGGCUUCACCGACACCUCGCUGGCCUUCUACAUGGCCGCCAUUUUCAACGCCGGGUCCUUCUUUGGGCGUAUCGCCCCCAACGCGCUGUCGGACCGCAUCGGCGUCUUCAACACCAUGGCACCCAUUACGCUGCUCCUGGGCGUCACUGUGCUGUGUAUGCUGGGCGUGCACAAUGAGGCAGGGAUGAUUGUCGAGGCAAUCGUCACUGGCUUCUUCAGCGGCGUCGUCGUCGCCCUGCCUCCUGUGUGCUUCCGCGUGCUCACAGCGAACAAGUCCAUGAUUGGCACGCGCAUCGGACAGGGCUUUGCGAUUGGCGGACUGGGUCUGUUGAUUGGUGGGCCAAGUGGUGGUGCCAUACUCGGGAAAAAAGAACCUCUGGAUUGGACCGGCCUGUGGGUUUAUGGGGGCGUCGCUGGGUGCGUUGCUGGCAUCAUCCUUGUUGGGGUUCGAAUCAUGAAGGCCGGGAUCUCGCUGAAGAUCAAGGCUUGA